CUAGCACAUUAUAUAGGUUAUGGGGUUUGCCAUCUCCACGGUCGUAUGCUGUAACCUAGGCAAGCGGUAUUAAAAAUGAGCUUCGGGUUUGGUGUCGACGAUUUUAUCGCUGUAAUGAAGCUUGUUGAUACGAUACGGAGGGAAUUCGCCAGCGCUCCAAGCCAAUUUGCCGAUAUUUCUGCUGAGUAUAUUGCCCCAACAGCAUCGGCAUGAAUGGAGGCUAAACUUCUUAUCAGGGUUCGAAAUCUCUCUAUUAUACUUCAAGACGUCGACAUCACCUUAUCUGAACAAGAGUUCGAUGAUAAGCGAAAUAAUAGCCUUCUAGAUAUUGCCAAGAGUUGUCGCAGCGUUCUAGAAGACCUCGAAAACGCACUUAGUAGAUACAGCGAGCUAAGCUUUAAACAAACAACGAUAAACCAACGAGCCAAAAGGGUAUGGAAGCGGUUGACAUGGGAGCCUAACGGCAUCUGUGACAUUCGAAGCCGGGUUACGUCAAAUAUUGUAUCGCUCAACGCGUUCAACCAGAACUUGGCUAAUAAGAACGUCGCUAAACUACUGAGCAAACAGGGUGACCAAAAUCGUCGUGAAAUUCUCGACUGGCUCACUCCCAUUGACUACUCCUCUCAGCAAGCAGAUUUCAUUAGCCGACGACAGCCAGGCACGGGUCGUUGGCUUCUAAGUUCACCGGAAUACGAAAGAUGGGUAAAAUAUAAGAAACGAACACUGUUUUGCCCUGGAAUCCCAGGAGCCGGAAAGACAAUACUUGCUUCUAUUGUCGUCGACCAUCUCUCUUCCCGAUUCCAGAACGACUCAACUGUUUGCAUCGUAUGCCUCUACUGCAACUUCCGACAACAGUCCGAGCAAAACGCCAUAGACCUGAAGCUGAGUUUAGUCAAGCAAUUAGCCGAAGGUCUAUCGCCAUUUCCAAACGCGGUGAAAGAACUUUUCGACCGUCAUGAGUCCGAGAAAACGCGACCGUCGGAAGACGAAGUCCUGAGCAUUCUACGAAAAAUCGCCAGCGACCAUUCGAAGAUCUUCAUCAUUGUUGACGCGCUUGAUGAGUGCCAAGCAUCUAACCACUGCCGGACAAAACUUCUUUCAUGCAUAUUCAACCUCCAAGACCAACAAAACGUAAACAUCUUGGUCACAUCGAGGCAUUUACCGGACAUCGAAGAAAUAUUUGCGAAAUGUCCGAAACUGGAGAUUUGUGCGAGCCGAGAUGACGUACGGAGGUACCUAGAAAGUCGUAUGGAUGAGCUGCCACCGUUUGUGCUCCGGAGUCCGGAGAUUCGAAGCGAGAUUAUAAGUACCAUUUCGGAAGCAGCCGACGGGAUGUUUCUGUUGGCACAAAUCUAUUUCGGUUUCCUUGACGACAAGACGUCAGCGAAGGCAAUCAAAGCAGCGUUAAAGGAAUUCAAGAGGAACGGAGAUUUGGACAAAGACAAUAGGAUGCGAACCCUCACCAAUGCAUAUGGACAAACUAUGGAGAGGAUCAAUGGACAGAAGCAAGGCCAUAAAAACCUCGCGAUGCAAGUCUUACUAUGGAUUACCUGUGCUAAGAGACCUUUGGCCCCCUUGGAACUUCAAUAUGCGCUUGCAGUUGAAAUUGGUGAAAAGGAGCUUGACGAAGACAAUUUUCCGGAAAUUGAGCAAAUGGUAUCAGUAUGUGCCGGAUUGGUUACAAUCGACAGAGGAACUAAUAUUAUCCGCUUGGUUCACUACACAGCACAAGAAUAUUUCGAGAAGAUGCAGAGCCAAUGGUUCCCAGAAGCGCAAUUGAUUAUAACAAAAGUAUGCGUUACGUAUCUCUCUUUUCCGAGAUUUGCGGUCGCACACUACGAGAAGGAUGAUGAUUUUGGGGCGACGGAAGACUUUACCCUUGAUUGGAAAUUAGAAUCAGUCCCUCUAUACCACUACGCAGCUACCAACUGGGGAUACCAUGCCUACGGUAUCCCUGUGUGUCAAGAGGUUAUAUCUUUUCUAAAGAACCGGGCUCAAAUCGCAGCGGCGAGUCGCGUAGCGCUAGAAGGAGGACGUGUUUAUCGACGACCAGCCGCAGGCGAAGUUAGGAUUUACCUAAAAAAGGUGACCGGACUACACCUCGCUGCGUACUUUGGGCUCGAAGAUUCUGUAAGGCAUAUCAUGGGGGAAUAUGGUCUAGAUGAAGAUGAUUCUCGCGGCCAGACACCCUCGUCAUGGGCCGCCGAAAAUGGAUGCGAAGCUAUUGUUCGCUUGUUAUUGGAAGCAGGGGCCGGUAUUGAAAGCAAGUCCCGCACUAGAGGCCAAACACCCUAUCCUUAGCGGCGGAAUUCGGACACGAGGAAGUAGUUCGACUGCUGCUCGAAAAGGGUGCUGACAUCAACGCUAAAGAUUAUCAUAACACCACGCCUCUUACAAGGGCAGCAAUUAACGGCAG